CGGAAGUGCUGCGCCGCCAUUGUUUUCUCGACCGUUGAGACGUUGGGCCUUCAUUUUCAUAUGAAGACAUCGUUUGGGAAACAGUGCAUGGUUUUAACAACAAAGACUACAGCCUACAUCAGUGGUUUCUGGACUGGUUUUGAAGCCUUUGGCCGUGUCCACCUUUUUGGGUUUUUGGAGCUACAAGUGACCGCUAGUGUUUCUCAAAGUGAGGCUUGCACAGUACCAACUCCGUCCCAUUGCCGAUUGGAGUAUGACCAACCAGGAUGCAGACAUUCAGAGUGGGCCAGACGUGUUGGAGGAACUCUGAACUGACCUAAAUCAUGUCUUACAAGACAGACCCCUUCAAAAGAGAUCCGGGAUCCACGCUGUCCAGUAUGGAAGCCCCACAGAGUCACUUCAUGGAAGUGACAAAGGGAAAGCAGACUGAUUUCAAAAGUAAGCAGACAAAGAGGACUCUUGUAAUGACAAGUAAAAGGGCAAACAAAAGGUUCAGAAGAGGACAGUCUACAGACAUGGAGACAAACUCACUUUCUCAUCACACUGAUUUGUGUCCCAUUCAAACCGCAGACAGAGAUUAUUGUGAGUCUUAUCAUCAAGGAGAGGCUUACAUAAACUCAGACACUGGCAAUGACUGUGUGAUGAAACAAGAGGGAAUGGGAACAGAGAGCAACUACACUUGUCCUCUAGGGGAGUCUGAUCUAGACUCAGAUGACACCACAGAUUCAGGAAGUUUGGGCAAUCAGGAUCACAAAAGUUGUUCUCUGAGCUCUGAUAUUCUUAGAGAAUCAGAAUCAAGUUGUCCAAAAACUAGAGCACCUUUCCUCAUCACCACUGACAUCUCAUCCAGUUCACCACCUGUAAAUUCAAAUGUGAACCCAUUUGCAAGUCAGCCUGAGAUUUCAGAGGAAACAGGAGCACAGGACAACAUGUGGAAGUUGCGUGCUAACCGAGUUAAACAAAUCCUCUCUGAGUUUGGUCCAUUCAACUGGUCUAAGAAAGUUGGCCUUGAGUUCAAUGUUGGAUUUGGCCCAAAGCAAAACAUCAGUGUUGACUCUUUGCAUGAUUUUACUCUGAUGGAAAUUGCUAAAUUCGCCUUAGCAAUGAAUUCAUCACAACAGAAUUUCAUCAUGGAGAUUCUUGAGUACAACUUUGACCUCUACUUUAAGAGAAAAUUACAGAGAAAUGAUUUCAAAUGUGAAAUAAUGGAAACAGUAAGACAGCUGAAAGGUUGUCAAGAUACAGCCACAUUGUCAAGAGAGAUCUUUGAUUCACCACAUUUAUUGAUGGAACGUGACCAGGAAGUUCAGAGUAUGAGCUGUGUCAAUCCUGAACUCAGCAGUGUAUCGAGAAAAGAGGAGUGUGAUGUUGCUCCCAUAUGCCAUCCUCAAUCACAUGCUGAAACCAAAAAACAUAGGUCACAGACAAUUGUGAAUCCUUAUCCCUUCUGCAAGGAGAUAGGUCUGAAGCUACAUGUUAACCAGUGUCAACAAAACAAAAAGCUGGACUUCAACAAUCUGACUAAUGGAGCAUUGACUGAAGUGGCAAACUUUGCAGAAAAAUUGUGUGGAACAUUUGAGCAGAUUUGUCUUGACCUUCUCAGACACAACUUGGAUCUUGAUUUGCAAAGUGGAGAUUCUGACGUUGCAAGGAAUAUGCUCGACCGAAUUCUUUUUGUAAUGAAGCGAAAGAAUCUAUUAAUAUGUGCAAAAGCCUUCAACAAAAUAAAGAACAAAACAAAAAAAUCCUUGGUAAAACUUGAUUGCCAGAAUGAUCAAAAUUCAGAUGCAUGUAGUGUUGGUUCUCCCCAGGAUGCAACCAUAGACCAAAAUGUAGGCAGUUCCCCUGAACCUGUAAACAAAAAAGAGCUUAAUUCAAUGCUGUGGAAACUGCGGGCCAAUCAUAUUCAGCACAUCCUCUCAGUACCUCAUGAGGAACAUUGCCCACUUUAUUCUUACUCCAGAUGCAAGAAAUUAGGCAUCGAUUUCAAUGUAGGAUCUGGAGUAAAACAGAAUCUUGAUCCCAAAUUACUGACCAAUGGCAUCAUGGUUGAAAUUUGCACUUUUGCCACGGCAUUGCUGUCAGCCCAGAAGUAUUUCAUCACAGAGAUACUGGAGUACAAUUUUCAUCUUAAUUUCAACAAUGAGUCGCAUCGCAGUGCCUUUGCACAGCAAACGAGGGAUAAAAUGCAAAAAAUGAUUGCACAUAAAGAUACCCCCCAACGAAGGAAACUGCUUUUUGAACUCCCUGACAUGAGAUCCAUACAAGGAGCUUCUUAUGACAAAGCUACAUAUUGCCCCAAAUGCUAUCAAGAGAGAGAAGGCAAGCUUCGUCUGAAAAAAAUUGGCCCUGGUGACGUGCAUUGGCCUCAUCCACAUACCAUGAGUAAUGAAGUUUCUGCUGAUACAGACUGCAUAGCACAAAAGCCUGCAAAGGAUCCAACCUUUACCUUCACAGCAAUAGAGGAGAAAAUAAUGGACUGCUACCCUCUUUGCAAGAAAAUAGGUUUGAGCCUCUUUGUGAAAAACGACCAACCAAAAGACAAACUUGACAGGUCUGUAUUGACACUUGGGGUUAUGGUUGAAAUUGCUGACUUUGUCAUAGAACUGUGUGCAACAAAAAGCACAAUCAUCCAUGCACUUCUUGAACACAACUUCGGUGUUGGCAUGCAGAGGCCAGACAUAGAUAUUGCACAGCUGUUUGGCAGAGCGUUGGCACAAAUGGAUGGUGAGCUAGCAUGGUUCAAUGAAGUUUUUAUUUUUCAGCCAUUGUCUCACAGACAACCUGGACAUACAAGUAAACUGGAAGAUGCAUCUGCCAUGCAGAUAAGUGAAAGGAAGAAAACUAUCAACAAAAGAAAGCUGGCACUACAAACAAAGGAGGAAGGACCCACACUUCGAAGUUACAAUGUCAGUGGAGUAAAAUCAAUGAGAAAUGCUCAAAGCCAAGGCAACAGCUUUCCCAUUUGCACUGACAUAGGUUUGGAUCCAGACAUGACAUUAAAGACAGGAGAGAAAGAAAAACUGGACUUGAAACUAUUGACUAAAGAUGUGUGUGACAUGACACAAGAGGAAGUGGGAACACAGAGCAAUUACACUUGUCCUCUAGGAGCGCCUUUCCUGAUCACCACUGACCUCUCAUCCAGUUCACCACCUGUAAACUCAAAUGUGAGCCCAUUUGCAAGUCAGCCUAAUAAAACACAGACUCCUAGAAAUGUACCAAAAAAAUGUGACAUCAAGCAAGAGGAAACAGGAGCACAGGACAACAUGUGGAAGUUGCGUGCUAACCGAGUAAAACAAAUCCUCUCUGAGUUUGGUCCAUUCUACGGGUCUGAGAAAGUUGGCCUUGAAUUUAAUGUUGGAUUUGGCCCAAAGCAGAACAUCAGUGUUGACUCUUUACGUCGUCAUGCUCUGGUGGAAGUUGCUAAAUUCGCCUUAGCAAUGAAUUCAUCCCAACAGCAUUUCAUCAUGGAGAUUCUAGAGUACAACUUUGACCUCAACAUUAAGAGUGAAUCGAAGAGAAAUAUUUUCAGAUUUGAAAUUAUGGAAACAGUAAGACAACUGAAAGACAGUCAAGGUGCAGACAAACACCCAGGAGAGGUCUUUGAUUCACCACAUUUAUUGAUGGAAUGUGACCAGGAAGUUGAGAAUGUGAGCAGUGUCAAUCCUGAACUCAGCAGUGUAUCGAGAAAAGAGGGGUGUGAUGUUGCUCCCAUACGCUAUCCUCAAUCACAUGCUGAAACUAAAGACCGUAUGUCACCGACAAUGGUGGAUUCUUAUCCCUUCUGCAAGGAAAUGGGUCUGAAGCUACAUGUUAACCAGCAUCAACAAAACAAAAAGCUGGACUUUGACAAACUGACCAAUGAAGCAUUGUCUGAAGUGGCAAACUUUGCAGAAAAGUUGUGUGGAACCUUCGAACAGAUUUCUCUUGACAUCCUCAGACACAACUUGGAUCUUGAUUUGCAAAGUGGAGAUUUUGACCUUGCCCGAGGUGUUCUUGCCCAAACUCCUUUUGCAAUGGAACGAAAGAAUCUAAACUAUUUUUCAAAAGCCUUCAAGUAUAUAAAGAGAACGAGAAGAGAUGACUUAACAAAUGUGCAACUGGAUUGUCUGACCAGCCCAAAUUUAUAUGCAUGUAGUGCUGGUUCUUCCCAGGCUGCAACUGUUCACCAAAAUGUAGAUGGUUCCCCUGAAGCUGAAAAACAAAAGGAGCUUAAUUCAAUGCUGUGGAAACUACGGGCCAAUCAUAUCCAGGAAAUCCUCUCAAUACCUCAUGAGGAACAUUGCCCACUUUAUUCUUACUCCAGAUGCAAGAAAUUAGGCAUUGAUUUCAAUGUAGGAUCUGGAGUAAAACAGAAUCUUGAUCCCAAAUUACUGACCAAUGGCAUCAUGAUUGAAAUUUGCCUUUUUGCCAUAGAAUUACUGUUGUCCCAGAGGUAUUUCAUCACAGAGAUACUGGAGUACAAUUUUCAUCUGAAUUUCAACAAUGAGCUGCAUCGCAGUGCCUUUGCACAGCAAACUUGUGAUAAAAUUGCAGUAGCACUUAGGAAUAAAAGGCGCCUCACUUUUCGAAUGAAUAUGCCUUUUAAACUCCCUGUGUUGAGGUACAUACAAGAUUCUACCACGUAUUGCCCCAAAUGCUAUCAAGUCAGAAGUUACAGGCUUCAUCAGGAUGAAUCUGACCCUGGUCACAUGCAUCAUCCACGUUCACAUACCAUGACUGACACAGUCCCUGCUGAUGCAAACUGCACAGCACAGAAGCUUGCACUGGAUCCUUCCUGUACAAUCGCUGCAGAGGAGACUAUAAUGGACCGCUACCCUCGCUGCAAGAAAAUAGGUUUGAGCCUGUGUGUGAACAAAGACCAACCAAAAGAUAAACUUGCUAAACAAGUGUUGACUCUUGGGAUUAUGGCUGAAGUGGAUAAAUUUGCCAAAGAAUUGUGUGGGACAAAAAACACGAUCAUCCGUGCAGUCCUUGAACACAACUUCAAUGUUGGCCCGCAGACAUUUGACUUAAACAUUUUCCAGCUGUUCCACAGAGUGCGUGAAGAAAAGGUUGGUGAGCUGGCAUGGUUCAAUGAAAGUUUUGUUUCACAGCCGUUUUCUUACCGACCAAUUGGCCAUGGUACUAAACAUUACAAAAGAGUGCUGGCACUACGAGCAAAGAAGAAAAGAGCCACAUUGUCAAGUCCUUAUACAGGAAUGACAAAUUCAGAGACAGAUAGUUGCAGUAAGGUACCAAUAAAUUAUCCCCAUUGCACUGAGAUAGGUCGGGAUCUAGAUAUCACAUCAAAAUCAGGCGAGAAAGAGAAACUUGACUUGAACUUAUUGACGAGAGCUGUAGUGUGUGAGAGCCAAAGCCAACCCACACAUGCAAGUAAACCUGUUGAAGCAUCUGCCACGCGGACUAGCGAAAGGAAGGAAACUAUUAAAAAAAGGAUGCUGGCACUUCAAACUAAGGAGAAAAGACCCACGCUGCCAAGUCCUAACACAAGUGUCGUAAAAUCAAAGACACGUCAACGGAGUAAUAGGAAGUGUUAUCCCCAUUGCACAGAGAUAGGUCUGGAUCUAGAUGUCACAUCAAAAUCAGGCAAGAUAAAGAAACUGAACUUGGAUUUAUUGACGAGAGCUGUAGUGUGUGAGAUCCAUAAAUUUGCAGUCAAGAAUCCAGGAAACUACAUGCCACACACACUGUUUGACAUUCUUGACUAUAACUUUGAUCUUAGCUCACAACAUCACAGGCGCUGGGAAUUUUCCAUAGCUACUACAUCCAAAGUCCAAGCCAUGGUCAAAAGCAGAAAUCGAAACAGACCACAUGAAGUCUUCAGGUUGCCAUUUGUGUUUCCUCCCAAGACACAUAAUAAGAAAUCAAAAAAGCAUUCCAAGAAAAAAACAGACAAAAAAAAGAGAAUGGGCAGAAACCAUUCAGAUUCCAGUGAUGUUGAUUUUCUUUAUGGUGUCGAAACUGACGAGGUGGCUUGGUCCUUUGAGGACACUGAGUUCUCAAUAGAUCCUUGGUCGGCACUGCCAAUGUGUGGAAGUCCAGUAAGUGAAGGUUGUGACAGUCCUCUCCAGGGAAACAUACAGAUCGGAGAGAAGGAGUACGAUGCACAAUUUGGCAAUAUGAAUCCAGAACUGGACACUGAGACGACAGUGCCCAUGAGUGGGAGUCUUGAGAGUGAAGCUUGUGGCAGUCCUGUCCAGGGAAACAUACAGACAAAAGAGGAGAAGUACGAUCCACAGUAUGGCAAUACGAAACCAGAACUGGACACUGGGACGACAGUGCUGAUGAGUGGGAGUCUUGAGAGUGAAGCUUGUGGCAGUCCUGUCCAGGGAAACAUACAGAUAAAAGAGGAGAAGUACGAUCCACAGUAUGGCAAUAUGAAACCAGAACUGGACACUGGGACGACAGUGCUGAUGAGUGGGAGUCUUGAGAGUGAAGCUUGUGGCAGUCCUCUCCAAGGAAACAUACAGAUAAAAGAGGAGAAGUACGAUCCACAGUAUGGCAAUAUGAAACCAGAACCAGACACUGAGGAAAAAUAUUGUCCACAAUAUGAUGAUGUCAAAACAGAGCCAGACACUGAAGGUGCUGAACAUUCAGUCCCAGGUCAACCUACAGAACCCCUUGGAUAUACUUCAAUGAUAUUAUGGCCGAACUCUGAAGAACCACAAACAGAAUCAGAAAAUCAGUAUGUCCAGUAUUACAUCAGGGCUGACACACAGGGACCUGCUCUAUGUCCAAACACUGUGUGUAACAUUAAAAUUGAAUUGGGCACUGAGGGUGUUAAGUAUUUAGUCCCAGUUCAAGUAGCAGGAUCCCAGGAAAACUCUAUGGUACUGGACACAUUGAUUAAAGAAGAGCAAGGAAAUGUGCCAGCUGACUCGCAACAUUGAAAAUGAAGUGGGCAUCUAACAGGAAUAAGAUCCUUAACAAUCUUAAUAGUUGACACAAAAUGAAGGUGUGUUUAACACUAAACAGAUGAUAUUAUCUGCCUUGUAAUGACAAUUUUAUGUCUUGUUGGGAAGAAAUGUAGACAAUGGCUCAUUCCAAUUCUUCAGGGAUGUUUACAUGAAGAAGUUCACUGUUUAACUCUUCAAGAAUUGCAGGCCCGAAAAGAUGGAAAGAUGUGACCAGAAUGUUUCAGUGCAAAGUUUUGUUCUGAAAAAGGAAAAGAUGGAGAGUCCUCAAGCUUUUUUUGUUUGUUCGUUUAUUUUUCUUCUGUGGUCAGUUUUGGUCAUUUUUAGUUUGUAGGAAUUGGUAUGAGGAUCUUUUAAGACUGAACUCUACUUUGUGGAAUGUAUAUCAUUGUAUCAUAGUCAUUGAAGACAUUCUAGCCUGGAGACCCUAAAAGGUGAAUAGAUAUGACAAAAUGUUUCAGUGCAAAGGGCAUUUUUUUAAGCUUCUUUUUAAUAUUUGUUUCUCAACUGUGGUCAGUUUUUGGUCUUUUUAACUUUGAAAGAAUUUGUAUGAGGAUCUUUUGAGACUCUGGAUUGUAGAUUAUUGUAUUAUAGUCGGUAUUCUGGCCUGUUUUUGUAAGUACUUGUUCUCCUUUGUUUUAUACAUUUUUCACUUAAUUGUUUAUUAGUGCCUUUUCUGACCUCAUAUGUUUGAAUUUAUUUUUAUGUUUUGUUUAUUUUUCAGAAGGAAAAACGGCUACAAUGAGAAUGUAAAUAUAUUGUAAAUUACAGAGACUGUGACCAUUUCUUUAACGCCUAGUCCCUUUUACUAGCCUGGUGUGGCUUCACAUUUUGACAAAUAAAAGCCUUUCUCAAUUAGAGA